GCUCCGGCCAUCACACAACGGCCGAUUCUCCGCCGAAAUAACCUCGGAUCCUCCCCAUUUCACGCCGAAAAAAUAGGCCCGAAACCCCACCAAACCCUUAAAUCAGCCUCAAUCCCCACCCACGCCCUUCAGCCUGCGCCCUUAGGACCUCCCCAGCGCCUCCCACGCCCUCGGGAACACAGAAAAGAGACACGUGCCACGAGGGGGAGGCGACCGAGCUGCUGGGCGACCGACGACGUCGCCCGAAGGACAAGGACAGGGACGGGAACGCGAGCAAGAACACGAGCAAGAGCAAGAACAACACCCGCGAAACCCCGCCAGGAACCCCAGCAAGAGGCCUAAGCAGGACCCCAGAGGAGCCGCCCCCCCCCCCCCCCCCCCCCCGGCCGAGAGUCACAUGACCUUGAGUUCCCCCGAUGGUCGUCUCGUGACUCUUCUCUCUCUCGUGUCAUACACAUAUAUAUGGUGAUUCUGAAGGAGCGGCGCCUCACCCAUGGACAUGAUACAGACGGCGCUCGACACAAGUGGGGACAAGGACUGCGAAUGUGAGGACGACAAGGUUGCUCUCACGCAGCGCCUGGCCAUCGUGGAGGAAGACGGAGCAGUCCGCGACAGCUCGUCCCCGAUUCUCGCCCAGUCUGGCUUCACCCUUCGCUCUGACUCAGAGCACAGCGGAGCUGUGGCAUAUCGGGUGGUACAGUUCGGCACAGAUGGUGGCGUCGACGCAAUACCCCAAGGUGCAGUCCAGAACACAGUACCUAACUUGUUAACGGCCACGCAAAUGAACGGCUCACCCAGUGACAACGCCGAGACCCGGUUAGCCCUGAUCACCUCGGGAGAUGUCCCAACUGACGGCAAUAGUGCGGUUGUGGUUUCAGGAGGGCAAUUUUAUGUCAUCAGCGAUGUUCUCACCAACACCGCACCUCGCAGCCUCACGCCGAGAACAAGUGAGAGCAUGAUGAGCCAGCGCCUAACUGGGACCACCAGGGAGGAGAAGCGGAGAGUCACACAUAAUGAGGUGGAGCGCAGAAGACGGGACAAGAUUAACAACUGGAUCUGCCGCCUGGCCAAGAUCAUCCCAGACUGCCCCGAUGCACACCCCAAGAGUGCACAGAGCAAAGGUGGCAUCCUGGCCAAGGCAUGCGACUACAUAUCUGAGCUGAGACUGCAGAAUGAGCAGCUGAUGGAGCGGCUUAAGGAGGUGCAGCGGCGAGACAUGGACUUUGAGUUGCUCAAGCAGGAGGUGGAGGUGCUCAAGAAUGAGAAUGCAGCAUUGAAGAACGAGAAUGCGCUGGUGCGGUCACAGCUGCAGCAGCAGGGCCUCCUGGCUGAGCUGCCCCCAUAACUCAGGCAAACCGCAAGGCAUAGCCAGUGGACUCGCACCUGCAAGCACUCUGGUGGCUCCUUUGUGGAUAGAUAAUUUAUAUACAUAUAAAAAAAAAAGUAAUAAAAAAAAUGAGAUAUUUGUAAAUUGUGAUACGAAAAUUAUAUUUACGUGAAAAGCCUGAGAUGUUCAUUGAGUUGGGCCUUAGUGUGGACAAACCUUUAUGUUGUAAAGAAGGAAAGCAAGGAGCUGUUGUUGAUAACCUCUUGCAAUCAACUGCUGGUGUUGUUGCAGAGAGUGAGGCAUGCACCACUGCAGGGAGGAAUGGCCUGCUUUGUAUUAGAUGAUCUGACAGCCCUAAUAUAAAGGAGUAAAAAAAGGAAAUGGUUAUUGUAGAUAAUCUCUUGUUAAUUUUUAGGAAAGUUUGAAAAGUAAAAGGGUAUUUUUUUUUUUUUUUUUUUUUUUUUUUACUCAUUGCAGUUUAGGCCCUUCAUAUUUUGUAAUGGAGGAAGUAAUUUUUUCUUCUUUUUUUAUCUUUUAUAUAUCUGUGAAUGUUCUACUUGUAAUUUGAUAGUACUUGUUUUAGCAUAAAAGGCGAAUUGGUUUUGUCUUGUAUGAUCAUUCUUUCAGAUUUUUUUCUUUCUUUAAAAAAAGAAUUUAGCUACUUCUUAAAAGACAUUUUUGCUUUUAGAACAGAUGCUUGAGUAUGAAAAUUCAGAAAGACAAAAUCAGUAGGGUUAUCAUAACUCUUUUUACAGAUGAAACUUGCUGUGUAUAUAUUGUGAAAAAGUAAAGAAAAGAAAAAAUAUUAUUGUGGAUUUUUGUCAGUUGAAGCUGAAAUCUUCUCUAAAGAGGUACAAAAUGAA